AUGUAUGAACAUGUCUCCAUCACAUCUUCUGGCUUUCAGGGUGAUAUUAAGGCUCUGCACAAGAACCUAGCUGUCAGAGAAUUGCUAUACCAACACCAGCAUAACAAAAGGAUGAGUUGCCCUGCCAUGGCACAGCUCCUCUCUAAUACCCUGUACUACAAGUGCUUCUUCCCAUAUUACGCCUUCAAUGUGCUCGGUGGGCUUGACAGCGAGGGGAAAGGGUGUGUUUUCGCCUAUGAUGCAGUAGGUUCCUAUGAGAGAACUAUUUAUAGUGCUCAGGGAACGAGAUCUACUUUGAUUAUGCCAGUCCUGAACAAUCAACUAAAAUCACCAAGUCAUAUAUUGCUCCCUGCAAGGAAAUAUUUUCAAUGUGCACAAGAUGCUGUCACACCAUUGUCGGAGUCAGAGGCCAUCGAUCUAAUUAAGGUUGUGUUUGCAUCUGCAACUGAGAGAGACAUCUACACUUCAAAGUACAUGCUAUUUGUUCUUCCUGGGGCAGUGAGAGGAUACGAGAACAAUUGA